AUUCCUUAACAGCACACAUUGGAGGAGACUGCAGGCACUCGCCGCACACACUAUACACACACACACACACGCGCGCACACUCCACGCUUUGCUUUUUUUGUCCAAGGAGCUGAAACAAGGGGAAGUGGGCGUCUUGGAUUCCUGCUGAUAUCUCAAAUUUGAUUUUUGUAUUUUUAAAUUAUUCUUAAUUGUUUUGUGGAGGAAGCACACACGGAUAUUAUCACGAUUUGAUUGUGGGAUCUCCAGCUGCGAUGUCGGAGUUUCUGGUGAAUCUGCUCGGGGAGCGGCUCGUCAACAGCGAGAAAGCCGAGGUAGAUGUGCAGGCGCUGGCUGGCAAGCUGUCGUUGGUCGGGCUCUACUUCGGUUGCAGCUUAAACGGUCCCUGCAGACAGUUCAACGCCAGCCUGUGCGAGUUUUACGGCAAGUUCAAAAAAUCGUCAGAACACAAAGACAAACUAGAGAUCGUCUUCAUCUCCUCCGAUCAGGACCAGAAACACUGGCAGGAGUUCUUACAGGAGAUGCAAUGGCCGGCUUUGCCUUUUAAAGACCGACACAAAAAGAUGAGGCUGUGGAAUAAGUACAAAGUGACCAGCAUUCCCUCGCUGGUCUUCGUGGACGCUGACACGGGGAAGGUGGUCUGCAGAAACGGCCUCCUAGUGGUGCGAGAUGAUCCCAAAGGCCUGGAGUUUCCGUGGGGGCCCAAGCCCUUCGCAGAGGUGGUGGCCGGGACGCUUCUCCGUGGUAACGGACAGGCGGUGGACAGCAGCUCCCUGGAGGGGUCCUUUGUGGGUGUCUACUUCUCCGCCCACUGGUGCCCCCCCUGCCGUAGCCUCACACGGGUGCUCGUGGAGUCGUACCGCACGGUGAAGGAGUCUGGGCAGAAGUUCGAGAUCGUCUUUGUCAGCGCCGACAGGUCAGAGGAGUCCUUCAAGCAGUACUUCAGCGAGAUGCCCUGGCUCGCCAUCCCCUACUCGGAUGAAGGCCGCCGAUCGCGACUCAACAGGCUAUACGGGAUCCAAGGCAUCCCCACCCUCAUCCUGCUGGACACAGAGGGUCACAUGAUCACGCGCCAGGGCCGGGUGGAGGUGCUGAACGACCCCGAAUGCCGGCUCUUCCCCUGGCACCCGCGGCCCGUGCUGGAGCUAAGCGAGUCCAACGCCGUGCAGCUGAACGAGGGGCCCUGCCUGGUGCUCUUCGUGGAUGCUGAGGAGGAGGGGGAACUGGAAGCAGCAAAGCAGCUGAUCCAGCCCAUAGCAGAGAAGAUCCUGGCCAAGUACAAGGCCAAGGAAGAAGAGGCACCACUGCUGUUCUUUGUGGCUGGAGAGGAUGACAUGAGCGACUCCCUGCGCGAUUACACCAACCUGCCAGAGGCGGCACCGCUCCUCACCAUCCUGGACAUGUCAGCUCGCGCUAAGUACGUGCGCGAUGUAGAGGAGAUCACGCCCGAAGUGGUGGAGCAGUUUGUCAGCGACUUCCUGGCAGAGAAACUCAAACCGGAGCCCAUCUAGAAAGAGAGAAUGCGGGUCCUGAUAGGGCUGAUACUGAAACUCCAUCCAACAACCCCCACGCUGCUCCCUUCAUCCUCUCUACAGUUUACUUUCUUCAAAUUCCCAUCAGUACUGCCCCCCCUCCCCCCAUCAGCCUGCAGGACGACCCAGAACUCAUUACUUACUGACAUUUUUAAAUUCUAAAAGUAAGAAAAUGAUGUGGGAUUCUGAGCAGGUCCUGCCGUCUUUUCUCACGGUGCCUUGCCUUGACUACAGCACAGUAACACUCCUGCCCGAUGCUCCUGGAGGUCUUGAACAUUUUUUUUUCUUUUUUUGGCAACAAGAAUGUCUUCCUAAAGAGACGGAGUAUUCCUUUGCCCAGUGGAUUCCAUCUGAAGAACUUCCUGUCUUUGCAUUUCUUUGUUGCUUGGGCUCUCCGGUGUGUUAUGAUGUGCAAAUUAAGGAUAGUGUAAUUAAAAGUAUUGAAGAUGGAAUGAAAGUGGGCAUAUUUACGCCAUGCAUACAGGUCUCCCUUGUUGCCCUUCGAUUUCAAUGUGGCUGCCUCUUCUGAGGCUUGUCUCAUGCAUCAGAAUGAGAAACAGAGUCACGAAAAUGAGAGCUUUCCAUGUGAAGCAAACAGUCCUGCAGUACAGUCGUGUUGUAUUACUGGGGUGGGGUGGAAAAGGCUGUUUCUGUUUGUCAUACAAAGAAAUUUCCCUUUGAAGCCCCCCCCCCCCCCCCCAUUUUUGUGCUCUGAUGACAUACGAUAUUACCGAGUCUCAGAGCUGCCAUAAGUUCAAGGAUUUUCUGUGAAGGUCCCCGUUAUUUAACAAAAAAAGGCUGUUGUUUUGGGAGGCUGAAAUAGCAUUGUGAGAGUCCUGCCUUCCAAGUUUUUGAAAGAAAUUUAUAACAUUGUUCCUGUUACUCGCCGGACACUCAAAAAGAAACUCGCGGUCAUUAAAAGCUACUCUCUUUUCCAUGUUAGUCCUCCCUCACUCUUCGCCAUUUUGCAAACCCUAGUUUCUGCAUAAAAUCUGUUUUCUUCAGACCAAAAAUUGUGUCCAAAGACAUGGAAAAUCAUCGGCAGAUUUCUUUGGGAACAACUGGUAACUCAAGACCAGGCUGUACUUAAAAAGACCACUGACUGUAGAAUCUCAUAUGCACAAAAAUAUGGGAAAAUGGAUUAGCUUAAUAAAUACUAGGAUAUACAUGGAUCAACACAUUUUUUUUCCAACAAAAAUUAACUGCCAAGACAAAAUACGUUUGAUCAGCUAAUUUCCACACAAGUACAUUGUUAUGAAAAUUUGUUUUAAAAUGUUGAAAAGAGAGUUUUAAUAGUGAAGCAAAAUGCAGUGAGAUGCUAAUAUAUUCUUAUGCUCAACAAAUUUGCUGAAGUGUUCAUCUUGUUUAACGUAGAAAAAAACCUUAAUGCGACAUCUGCUGGUCAAAUAUAUUCAUGCAGUUACUAUCCA